CUUCAUUUGCUCUUUUACACAGGUUUGGCUUCUCUGGUCACAGAUCUUUGCUCUCUCCAUCUUGUCCUGACAGAACUUCACUCUCUUGCUCCAGCUGCAAUCACAGAGGACGUAAAACACAGCAAGAUCUACUCUGUAGGAGGUUUGGCUUGGACAGAUGCAGUGGUGGAACCCUGUCUGGGUGCCAGGUACACUGAGGACUGCGAGCCAUGGACAUAGUGCUGGGACCUCCAAGGCCAGGACUAAAGGCAGUGCUGGUCAGGCUGGAGCUCUGCUGGCCAAGAACGAUGAAUCGAAGAAGGUUCUCUCAAGAACAGCAGCCACGGAGGGCAAGGUAGGACAUCUCCCCAGCAGACCUUCUGCAGUAAGGACAGUGACUCCAAGGGUUCAGAGUCUUAGCAGCAAGGUGGCUUUGAAAAAAACUGGCACGAGCAGUACUGACACUGAUUCUUUCAAAACCAAAAAGACUAAAGAGCCUGUAACCCAGAGGGAAGCUAAGGAAGCUUUCAGACACCCUCCUAUAACGCCACACGAAUACAUGCUGUCUUUGUACAGGACUCUCUCAGAUGCAGAAAGAAAAGGUGUCAAUGGAAGUGUAAAACUGGAGGCUGGACUCGCCAACACAAUAACCAGCUUUAUAGACAAAGGACAAGAUGAGCGAGCACCAACUGUGAGGAAGCAAAAAUACAUCUUUGACAUCACUGCCUUGGAAAAGGAUGGCUUGCUGGGAGCAGAGCUUCGAAUACUGCGGAAGAAGCCUUCUGAGACGUGGAAGUCUCAUUCUUCUGGAAAGACAUCCCAAGUGAAAUUGUUUAGUUGCUCUACAAACAGACAAGCGGCAACGCUCCUGGACUCUCGUACCGUCAGCAUCACCGACACGCCCAAGUGGGAAGUGUUUGACAUCUGGAAACUUUUCAGGAACUUCAAAAACUUGGUUAACUUGUGUUUUGAACUGGAAACUUUUGACAGGGGGAGAGCUGUUGAUCUGAGGACUGUGGGGUUUAACAGAACAGGAAGGCAGGUCAAUGAAAAGGCUCUCUUCUUGGUGUUUGGGAGGACGAAAAAAAGAGACUUAUUCUUCAAUGAAAUCAAAGCUAGAUCUGGCCAAGAUGACAAAACUGUUUAUGAGUACUUGUUCAAUCAGAGGCGGAAGAGAAGAGCUCCACUAGCAACGCGCCAAGGGAAGAGGCCCGCUAAGAAUCUGAAGGCGAGGUGUAGCAGAAAAGCCCUCCACGUGAAUUUUAAGGAUAUGGGCUGGGAUGACUGGAUAAUUGCCCCUCUGGAGUACGAAGCUUAUCACUGCGAAGGCCUCUGUGAGUUCCCCCUGCGCUCGCAUCUGGAGCCCACCAACCACGCGGUGAUCCAAACGCUGAUGAACUCCAUGGACCCAGAAUCCACUCCCCCGACCUGCUGUGUGCCGACCAGGCUGAGCCCUAUUAGCAUCCUUUUCAUUGACUCUGCAAACAACGUGGUCUACAAGCAGUACGAGGACAUGGUGGUGGAGUCGUGUGGCUGUAGGUAGCAGAACAGUUGCUCACGUGAAUGUGUUCUGAAAGAUUGUUGUGACACCUUGAAUGCGACCUCUCCUCAAACAAGGGUAGCUAGAUUUCUUACCUCAAGGGUAAGUAUGUUUACAAGGAUGUAGCAACAAACCCUGUGCUUCUGCAUCUACCCCCUGUGGGCAUGUUUCAGCAGUACUGGGAUGCCAUCAUGCAGACCCAUAGAAGGCCUUGUGUCCGUGACACAAGAUUGGCUCUAACUGAAGACCGUGAUGGAGAAGAUGAUAUCUCCACACCUCUAGAUCACUUGCUUUUGGCCUCGAGGCAGUGGGUGAAGAUGGUAUCAGCAAGCUGUCUUAUCCUUUGAGCAGUGUUGUCGAGACUGAAUUUAUGUCUGAAGCCCAUGUGCUUUGUCGAGUCCGAAAUGGAAGAACAGAGCCAUGAUGUCUGGAAGAGAAGGCUGUGUUCUGGUGUGUUCCCAUCUUGGUGUAAAUAGUUACACUGUAAUAUGAUUUCUUUCUGAUUAGCUCUCGAAACUAUGCAUAUAUAAAAAGGAGUCAUUGAAUAUGAUAUCUUGAUGUAGUUGUAAGUUUUACAUGGAGAUAGGUGGUGCAGGAGGUGUUUGCUUCCCUGUACUUUUUCUUCCAAGCUACAUAUCUUUCCUAAGUAGCCACCUUUCCAUUAUUAUGUAGCAAGGUAUAGUACUCUGUAUAAGGUCCAAGUUGUUCUCACAUGGUCAUAGUCAAAGUGUUCAGAUGUAAUAAAUUAUUGACAUGAUGCUACAUGUGUCCCACUCUGCACAAUGAGAAUGCUGUUAAGGAAUGAUGAAUGGUUUUGUCCCAUAAAUACAAGUGAAAGGGACUUUUGGGUGCUGCAGAAUGCCAGGGGUAUGCAAGACAUGUCCAUGUGUUUUGCUUACCUCUGACUCUGCUGCCACAGAGAGAAACUGUGGCAACAUUGGAAGAAAGACCUGAAAGUAUGGCAUGGUUUGAUCUGGUGCCUGUAUCUGGGGCAAACAUGAGUUACCAUAGAAUCACAGAAUCACAGCAUGGUGGGGUUGGAAGGACAUUUAGAGAACAUCUGGUCCAACUCCCUGGCAGAAGCAGCUC